AUGGGUCAAGAAGACGCUCUAUGGAAACUUUUCUCCAAGAUGCAGUUAGAAGGUAUUUAUCCCGACGUUGUCACAUAUAGCGCGGUAGUGAAAUCUUUAUGUCUAUCGGACAAUUUUGAUGAAGUAUUCAGGGUUUUGGAGUGCAUGGAGAUGAACAAAACCGUCGAACCACCGAAUACGUACACGCACAAUACAAUCAUCAAAGCAUUUUUGCACCGGAAACAAAUAAAAGAAGCUCUAGGAGUUGUUGGGAGGAUGCAUAUUCUUGGGUUGGAACCAGAUUCAAUUAGCUUCAACUUAUUCAUCAAGUACUACAGUGAUUUGGGUGAAGGGCAAGAGGCGUAUUCUUUAUUGAGAUUUAUGAGUACAACAGGAAUUGAAAUCAAUGAGGCUAGUUAUGUAACAUGUCUAAAUGGACUAAUGAAGCAACGACAAAGUAAUGAAGUUCUGGAGUUAAUCGAGUACAUACGACACUCGAACAUUGUAAUCAGCAUUCGUGCUUGGAACAAGUUGAUUUAUUGGUUAAGUAAAACGGAUCAAUUCGAAGAAGGAUACGGAAUUUUCUUGUGGUUAAGAAACCCGAACGAAAUCACCAUGAACACUGUCAUUCAUAUGCAGUACAAACAUGGAAAAAAUGAGAGAGCUUGGGAGGUAUUUAAGUUAAUGAAUGAGAAGAAAAUUGACGCCUCAGUGGUGACAUACAAUAUAUUGUUACAUGGGCUGUGUGAACAGGGAAUGGUUACAAGGGGAUUUGAGAUUGUGUUGGAAAUGACAGUAAAGGGAUUGAAACCAGAUUUAAUUACUUAUAAUACACUGAUUAACGGCUUGAUUAAAGCCGGUAGUGGUUCUGUUUCUUUAGAGAAUUUUGUCAAGGAAAUGCUUAUGAAGGAAAACUUGCAGUAUUAUGAUUUUUCUUGUAGAUUUUGUCAGAUAUGGUCGUACAAUGUGUAUACUAGAGAAUCAUCACUAAAGAAGAAAAAGAAAACAAGGUACUUGCUUUUUGGUCAUAGAUUUUGGUCUCAGGUAUGUAGAUUUUCUCUUUUUAUACUUGAGAGUGUUGGCUCCCCUUUUCCUCUUUAUCUGUAA